UCUCUAAGUAAUCUGUGACAGAGAUGUUUGCAAAUUGCAGAGGUUAUUAUUAAAUGCAGAAUGUCCCUUUGGACCAUUAUAGUUGAGAUUAUAGUACACCUUAAUUCUCUUUGAUAAUAUUUUUUUUUAUGGACUAUGGAGUAAUGUGAUAAUUAUGACUCUGAUUAUGACAUUCUGUUAUUAGGAAAACGUGGGUGUAAAAUAUUAAAGCCCCUGUUAAACUCUACGAUUAAAAUUAGACGUUGAUAAAAUGGAUGAGUCGCCUGAAAAUAGUACAGCUCUUGGUGCUACUGACAUGGAGACCUUGGAUUAUUUGCGUGGUGUAAAAUCGUCAACUUGCUUGCUGCUGUCGACCACACCAAGUCCUACGUCGCACGACUUAAAACACCCGCUUUCUGAAGAAUUGAAUGAACAACCAUUUCUAGCAUUGAACAGUGACCCCAAUGCGGCGAAUGAACAGGCUGAUGCAUCGGCUGGUGAUUCAAGUUCUUCGGGUGAUUCCAACUCUGUUGUGCAGGAUCCAGUCAGCGCACAGCUAAUAAACAACAUCAGUAUGUUGGAUUAUCAAACACUUAGUAAGAAUGGCGACCUUAUUAUCGGCCAAGCAGAAGAUAGUAAGCUGAAUGGAAAUUUAAAAAUUAAAAACCGAAAGUUACCGAGUUUUGUUAAUUGGAAUUGGGGCAUAAUACGGAAGGUUCUGCUAUGGAUUGUGCUGUCUGGUCUUAUUGCUUGUUUAGGAGCUAUUAUAGCUAUGGUUGUUACUAUACCUAAAGAGUGCAACCCUGAUCUGCCAUGGUUUCAAGGAAAAGUAUUUUAUGAAGUAUUUCCAGCAAGCUUUAAGGACUCAAAUAACGAUGGAACUGGUGACUUAAAAGGACUCAUUAAAAAACUUGAUUACAUACAAGAUUUGGGAGUAAGUGCCAUUCGUCUCAAUUACAUAUUUAAAACGGACCGCUAUCCUGAAAAUUACAACAAUAUAACAUCUUUAAUUGACAUUGACAGAAGUAUUGGUGUUCUUAAAGAUUUAGAAGAUUUAAUAACAGAAGUUCAUAACAGAAAUAUAUCUUUGAUUCUAGAUAUACCAAUAUAUUCAAUGGUUAAAAUAGGAUCCUCAUCUAAUUCCACACAAAGUGUCAUAAUACCAAAUGAGUCAGAGGGUAAGUAUUUAGAUCAAACUUCACAGGCCAUUAAACAUUGGGUGCAAAAGCAUAAUGUAGACGGCUUUUAUUUAAAAAAUUUAGAAAGGUUUGUUGAUGACAUAAAUUUUGGUAGAUCAUUGCAGAUUUGGAAACAAAUGAUAGGAAAUGGUAAAAUACUUAUUGCUAAUGAGAAAGCCUAUAAUGAAGCUAAGGGCGAUGCUUUAAAUGUACUUUUAUCUAGAAUUGACCUUAUUGACAUCCAUUUAGAUAUACAUGAAGGUACACUUGCCUUAAAAGAAAAAAUCGAUAAAGUUAUUGCAGGCACUCUUUGGGCAAAACCUUAUUAUCCAUGGGUGCAUUGGAACAUUGGAAAUGUAAACAGUGAGAGAAUAUCAACUAAACAUGAAAAUAACACUUUAGCUCUGACAGUUUUGGAAUUUAUUCUCCCUGGUACAGUUAGUGUUUUUUAUGGUGAUGAAGUUGGAUUAGGUGGCUUACAAAAAAAUCAAAUUGAAGGAGAUUUUCCGGAACACAAAGAUAUUCAUAACUUAGUGCCAAUGACAUUUUCUAAUAAUGAAAAAACAGACAAUAUGAAUAUUUUACCAUGGAAUUCAAAAUCCGUUUUGGAGCCAAGCUAUACCACUUUAGAUAUAGUUAAAAACUUAAUCAAAAUCAGACUAGAGACACCAACUAUCUAUUUAAAGGGUACUUAUAAGGAAGGUCAUUUAUUGAAGAAUAUGGAAAUUCGUAAAACAGAAGAAAACUUGGUUGUUAUUGAACGAUGGUAUCCGCGCCGAAAUACUUGUGUAUUGGUUGCUAAUUUUGGUAAUAAAUCCAUUACAACGGAUUUAUCUUCUAUGUUUUAUGGAGGGACAAUUAUUGCUGGGUCAAAUUCUUCACAAAUUGGACAAGUUAUAUAUUUCGAUAAAGUGUCUUUUCUACCUAACUCAGCAGUUAUUUUAAAAUUAGAAAAGUAAUAUGUAUUAUGAUGAUUAUCUUACUAAUCAGUUAUAUAGGGUAAAACUCUGUGCUGUAUCUGUUGGUUUCGUAAAUGUUUUUGUUUAUAUAUGUUAAAUCAUCAGGCUGAAAAAAAAUUGUCAUUGACGAAGUCAUCAAUGUUAUGGUGUAACCAGUGUCGAAUAAUAAAAUAAGAACAUGUUACUUUAUAUUAACAUCAUCGACGUAAAAGAUUUCGUUUUUAUUAGAAUUGAUUGAAUGUUUUCACGUGCUAGAUCUGUUUUAUAGCUUAUUACUUAGCAUCGCUGAAAAGUAUUUUCGAAUCUCAUAUUUUGUUGAUAUUGAUUUUAUUACUAUUUAAUCAUUUUUGUAUUAAUGCAGCUUUUAGUGAAUCUCCAAUAGAUAUUAAUAUUAUUUAUGCGCCAUCCAGUUUUUAUAAUUAUUAUAAUAUCGUAUCGUCGAUAUUAUUGUGUUAUUUGCCAAAUUAGUAUUAUUCUCAGAUAUCGUAUAACUUUUAUGAUUUUUUUAGGUUAAUAAUCAUAGAAACUUGGAAUAAUAAUGCUUAGAAAUUAAAAGGUAAUGUAAGGCCAGGCGUGUUUUAAGAAGCAACUGUAGAAGCACGCGACGCAAGUAAAAAUAAGUUAAUAGACUACAGCAGUGUGGAAAACCACAUCCAGUACUUUUUUUUUAGCUGACACGAUUUAUAAGAAACACUUGAGAUGAUCGAAUGGCCUUAGCUCUCAUUUUAUAAGCGUUGUGUGUACAAAGUGGCGCUCGGUUACACUAUGCGUGUUGCGUAUGUAAAAACACACCGUGUGGCAAGGCGCAACAGUGCAUAAGUAUUAUAUAGUGUAGGCGACGCAGAAAAUGCGUUAACUUAUUAAUUGUUCUACGACUAAGCGUUAUUAUUCGAAGCUUAGAAAGAUGCAGUUCCUUAAGUACCAAAGAUUUUUAUUGUACUUAUGAAGGUUAUAAAAAAAAAGGUUAAGAUUAUGGUUAUAAAAAGUUUAAUAUACAUUUGUACAUAUUGUUAUCCAAUUAUUAUGUACUUAGUAUAUUAGGUAUUAUUAUGUACACAUUAUGUUUUUAAGAUAAAUAAAUAAUUGACGACAUUA